CAGAUCAGGCUGAUUUUGUUUGUUCACUGUCGGUUGUUCAUUAACACGCAGAGACACACCUGAGCGCGCAUUUCCUCUUCAGGUUCCUGUAAAAACACAAAUGCAGAAAACUCUCGCUGCAGUCAGUAUGAUGUCUUUUCAGAGACGUCAUGUGGACGGUGUUGUUGGAGGAUAGAUCUGAUCUUUCUGAUGUAAUUAAUCAGAAUUUACCGGCUUCAGGAAUGACUGUGGCAUUAAACUGAGCAGCGUCUUUUUGAAGGACAUUGGUUGUGGACGGGAUGUUGGGAUUGUUCUGGUUCUGGUUCGGUUCUGUGCUCUCUGUCUCUGGGUUUGAUGUGUUAAGCUGCAGAAACUCCUCGGUCACGUUAAACGUGGUUCUGCUAGAGGACGAAAAUUCGCCCUGGAGUCUGAAGUUUGUGAAGGACGCAGUGGAAAUGGCUGUUGAAGAGGAGAAUGAAAAAAACCAGGCCGAAAGUCUGGACUUCCAGAUCAAGGUGCUGUUCAGCGGCUUUAACACGACGCAUUACCGGCGCAGGGGCUGCGGCAGCAGUACGUGCGAGGCCGUGGAGAUCCUCAAAUCGCUGCAUAACAUCAGUGAGCUUGGAUGCAUGAUGCUGGGUCCGUCCUGCACAUAUGCGACGUUUCAACUGGUGGAUCAGGAGGUCGGUCUGACCCUGACUAUCCCCAUCAUCUCAGCUGGCAGUUUCGGUCUUUCCUGUGACUACAAGGACAAACUCACCCGGCUGCUUCCUCCGGCACGCAAAAUCUCAGAGUUCUUCGUCCAUUUCUGGAAUGUAUCCUUCACCAAUCUGAAACCUAUGUGGAAGACAGCAUAUAUCUAUAAAAAACUCGACAACACGGAGGAAUGCUUCUGGUACAUCAAUGCUCUGGAGGCGCCUUCUGCUCUGUUUGCCUCCAACAUAUCCAGAGAGAUGCUGAGGAGCCAAGGGGACCUGGAAGACAAGAUGAAAGCUCAGGACCGACACAGCAACAUUUUUGUCCUAUGUGGGACACCAGACGACGUUCUCGCCAUUAAGAAAAACACCACCAUUCCUCCGCAUGUGGUCUUCGUCCUGAUCGACCUGUACAAUGAUGGUUAUCACACCAACGAGUCCAGCUUCGAGCACAUGCGGGAUGUGCUGGUGGUCACCAUACACAGCUUCAGAAACUACUCCAGCCACACGUCCUGGAAGACAAACACAACGGCGCUGAAUGAUUAUGUAGUGGCUUACCAUGAUGCCGUGGUUCUCUUCGGCGAUAUGAUGAGACAAAACCUGAAGGUGAUGAAACAGCAGCCAUUCAGUGGCAUCAUUGAACAGCCUUUCAGAAACAUGAGCUUCGAGGGUAUGGGAGGACACUAUGAAUUAGACGCUAGCGGAGAUAGAGAUCUCAAUCUGUCUGUGGUUUACACAACCGGCUCAUACAAGUAUAAGACGCUGUUCGUCUUCAGCACGUCUCUGAACGUCACGUGGGUCAAUCACACGGAUCCCGACCUGGUGUGGGAUGGAUCGCAGCUGCCCAGAGAUAAACGUGCUCACGGGAUGGAGGCUCAGAACAUCAUCAUGAUCGUUCUCGGGAUCAGUGUGGUCAUGGCCACCGCCAUCGCUUUCAUCUUAUACAGGCAGAACAGGAGGGUGCGUUUUGAUCAAAAGAAAUGGUCUCACAUCAACCCGUCACUCAUCACGCUGCUGGACGACAAAGAGAGAAACCACAUCAGUCUGACAAUCGAUGAGGAGAAGAAGGGCGACAACAGCGUCCUGAUACACAAGGGCCGAUACGACAAAAAGCCCGUCAUUCUGAAGGAGUUGAGAAACACAGAUGGAAACUUCUCUGAGGAUCAACGCAUCGAGCUCAAUGCUUUGUUGCAUAUCGAUUAUUAUAAUCUGACGAAGUUUUAUGGGACGGCGAAGUUCGACUGUGGUGUUUUCGGGGUGUUUGAAUUCUGUGAGAGAGGAUCGCUGCGGUACGUGCUGAACGAUAAGAUCUCGUAUCCUGAUGAGAGUUUUAUGGAUCUGGAGUUUAAGAUCUCUGUCAUGUACGACAUCGCAAAGGGCAUGUCAUACCUGCACUCCAGUAACGUUGGUGUUCACGGCCGGCUGAAAUCCACCAACUGUGUGGUGGACAAUCGCAUGGUGGUGAAGAUCACCGACUUCGGCUGCAACACCAUCCUCACGCCCGGGAAAGACCUGUGGACGGCGCCGGAGCACAUGCGUGUUCAGGGUAUUUCUCAGAAGGGCGACGUCUAUAGUUUUGCCAUCAUCUCGCAGGAGAUCAUCCUCAGGAAGAACCCAUUUCACACGUGCUGCUGCUCCGAUAUGGCAGAGAAAUUGUAUCUUGUUCAGUAUCCGCGGGGGCCGAACGUCUUCCGACCCGAUCUGAGUUUCGAGUCUGUUGGAGAGACUGAAGCAGAGCUGUUCGUGCUGAUCAAGAGCUGCUGGGAGGAAGAUCCAGAGAAGCGUCCAGACUUCAAGCGGAUCGAGGGCGCUCUGGGGAAGAUCUUCAGUAACCUUCACAACCAGGCCAAUGCCAGCUACAUGGACAACCUGAUCCGCCGGCUGCAGAUGUACUCGAGGAACCUGGAGCACCUGGUGGAGGAGAGGACAGCUCUGUAUAAGGCCGAGAGAGACCGAGCCGACCAGCUCAACUUCAUGCUGUUGCCGGGUCCAGUGGUUCGCUCUCUGAAGGAAACUGGUUGUGUGGAGCCAGAGCUGUACGACGAGGUCACCAUCUACUUCAGCGACAUUGUGUGCUUCACAACCCUCUGCCAUCACAGCACACCCAUGGAGGUGGUGGACAUGCUGAAUGACAUCUACAAGAACUUCGACAGCAUUCUCGACCAUCAUGACGUCUAUAAGGUGGAGACCAUCGGUGACGCGUACAUGGUUGCGUCUGGUCUGCCAAGACGCAACGGAAACAGACAUGCCGUGGACAUUUGUCUCAUGGCUUUGGACAUCCUGAAGUUCAUGGGGACGUACCAGCUUAGACACCUGCCGGGAAUCCCACUGUGGAUCCGUAUCGGGAUCCAUUCAGGUCCAUGUGCGGCUGGUGUGGUGGGUAAUAAGAUGCCACGUUACUGUCUGUUUGGAGAUACGGUCAACACGGCAUCACGUAUGGAGUCUACAGGCCUGCCUCUGAGGAUUCACGUGAGCGAGUCGACCAUCAAGAUCCUGCAGCGAACCGACUGUCAAUUUGAGUGCGAGCACCGAGGAGAAACAUACCUGAAGGGUAAAGGAAAGGAGAUGACUUACUGGUUGACAGGAGUCACCGGGCAGAAAUACAACCUGCCGACACCACCAACAGCAGAGAAUUUCCAGCGUCUGCAGCAGGAUUUGGCUGAGAGGAUCGUCUCCACGCUGGACAAACGCGGGAACGAGCGUCGCAAAACUCUCUCCACUCGCCAGCGGCGAACACAGAGACACAGCAGCGAUGGGCAGCCCGAAUACCUGCACCUGAAUGACCCCACAACAUACCUGUAGAAAACACACACUCACACACACCUGUAUGUAUUUAACUGUAUGACUGUAUUCCUAACUCCUUAGAUUUGAUUGUUUAUUCUAUCAUUUAUUCAUUCUGAAUGUGUUUAUUGUAAUAUGAAUGAUGUAUGUAAUGUACAAUAUGACUUCAUAAACAACUGGUUCUUACUCACAUAGUCAAUAAAAGA